AUGCCUUGCUCGACUCACGCCCUCAUCCCUGCGAUUCGCGACGUGCUCGCCCAGCACGACGUGCACAACGCACGUGUUGUGGUUGAAUUACUGCCGGAAGUGCAAUCGAGCAACAACGGCACCCCUGUGCGGACCAGAAACGUGAGUAUUGUGGUGCGUGGGGCGGAGGACGAGCUGCUGCUCGAGGGCGAGCCCGCCGAGCACCCAGCAGAGCCGCCGAAACCGUUCCCGCCGCCGCGCCCGCACUCACCAUCAAAGCGUGUCAAUGCGAGAGGCUCGACCCCACUGGCCAACAGCAGCAGCGGAAGCAGCAGCAACUCGCAACAGAAGCAGAAGCAAGAGCAGGAACAACAACACCUACAGCAGGAAAGGGAGAGCGAAGACAAUAUUGACGAGAUGAGCAACACUGCACGCCCAGAGGAUGUGCAGGGCCACUGCCACGCCGCUGCCACCUCGACAACGCCGACGGCGGCGGAGGCAAACACCGCCAGUACGCCUAGCGGCGCCACGCGACAGGCUACCACGGGCAAGAGCGCCACGCCGCAUUCCCACCCUAAUGCCCCUGCCCCCGCGGCUCUGAAGAAGCUUCCCACGCACUCCGUGAAGCCGCAUCCGCCAGACGCGUCGCGUGAGACGAAAGAUCCGGCGCGCCCGUCAGUGUCGUACGUGACAUCGUCGUCGUCGUCGUCGUCGUCGUCGGGCUCUCGUAAGCCGAGCGUCGUGGUGAAGGAUGCGGAGACAACAGAGCGACCCAGCAGCGUCAACUCCUUGCGGAAGGUGAGCAGCGUGCAUGUGCUGGAGGCCUCGCGCUCGCAGGAGGCGAGGCAUCAGCCGAUCCUCGGCGACGCCGGGGAGGAGGCGCGACGGCCCAGCAUACUUGUCUCCUCCGCGUCAGCGAAGUCACUGCAGCCUGAGAGGGACAGCUGCCCCAACGGCAAGAACGACGGUGACGCGACGAAGUUGCCACGGGUGGUGGAGAAGACCAGCCACGCAGGAGCGAACACGACCGGCAACACCAACAACAACAGCAGGGGGGCCAGGUCCAUCACGCCAACGCAGGAAGCAGGCAAGUUGAACAGCAAGCAGCGUCUACAGGAGAUGCUGGAGGAGCAGCGGGCGAUGGAGCAACAGAGUAUGUUAAGCCGUGCAAGACACGAUGAGUUGAUUAGGGAGGCGGAGAAGUAUCUCGAGGAGCUGCAGCGCAUCAAGGCUGCUCGGCCUGGAGGGGCCGACGCGCAGUCGCUACCUGUCAUUAGUCCACGCAGCGCGUCGUCCACGAAGCAGUCCAUGACGGCCGGCUCGUCGUCCACGAUGGGCCCGAGCGGCAGCAACGGCAUUCGCGUCGUUAAGUUCACCAUGCCUGAGGGAAGGAAGGCGAAGGACGAGGUUGUGAUGCAGCUCAGCAGCAGCCCGGGCGGCGCGCAGAUCCUUUCGUCGAAGGACAAGUUCUCCAUGCUGCUGCGGGAGCAGGAGCGGAUCCUGCGCGAGAAGGAUGCGAGCGAGCAGGAGUACCAGAAGUUGCUCCAGCAGGCCAUCACAUACCACAAGCAGCAGAAACAGCUUAAGGAACUGCGGGAGCAGCAGGGGCAGGAGAGGGACAGCGAGGAGGACUACUAG